AUGGUCAACUUGGAUUCCUUGCCGGAAGAAUGUUUCUCGGAAAUCCUGUCCCUCACAUCCCCUAGAGACGCCUGCAAUGCCUCGUUGGUCUCCUCGUCGGUCCGGUCUGGGAGAAGUUUCUGCCGCUGGAUCGUGAAGGGAUCGUAUGUUGGGAAGAAGCACUUCGCCUUGGCGGCAAGGGAGCUUUCAAUAGUUUGGGCCGACAAUCCCCUAUACUGGACCCAAAAACAUUAUCCAGCCAGAUUCCCAGAAGCGGUGGAGCUUCGGACCAUCUGCUGGCUCGAAAUCCAAGCCCACUUCCCAACCAAGUUCCUCUCCCCAGAUACAACCUACGCGGCCUACCUCGUGCUCCAGCUAGCCGACCGAGCUUAUGGGCUGGACAGCCCAUGUGUCGGUCAAAGUCGGGAGUUUCGAUGUUAA